AAGCACAGAACUGUCAAAAUGUCUAGCAAAAGGGCUAAGGGAAAAACCACCAAAAAGCGCCCCCAGCGGGCCACAUCAAACGUGUUUGCCAUGUUCGACCAAUCACAGAUCCAGGAAUUCAAAGAAGCAUUCAACAUGAUCGAUCAGAACCGUGAUGGCUUCAUUGAUAAAGAGGAUCUGCAUGAUAUGUUGGCCUCAUUAGGUAAGAACCCCACAGAUGAAUACCUCGAGGCGAUGAUGAAUGAAGCUCCUGGUCCCAUUAACUUCACCAUGUUUCUCACAAUGUUUGGAGAGAAACUUAAUGGAACAGACCCUGAGGAUGUCAUCAAAAACGCCUUUGCUUGUUUUGAUGAGGAGGCGACAGGUUUUAUUCAGGAGGACUACCUGAGGGAGCUCUUGACCACAAUGGGAGACAGGUUCACAGAUGAAGAAGUAGAUGAGCUGUUUAGAGAGGCCCCUAUUGACAAGAAAGGAAACUUCAACUAUGUGGAAUUCACACGCAUCCUGAAGCACGGCGCUAAAGACAAGGAUGAUUAGAAUGAGGCGAUCACUACUGAAACGAAUGAAAACU